AUGCUUAAACGAAGCUCUAACUGCCGGAUGCACUUCAAACCCAUUGAUGUGGUGUGCUCGAUGGCGACGAAAGAGUGCGCGCAGGAACUCGCGCUAUUCCUCACAUCGCUUCGUGCUUUUCAUCCUACACUUCCUCUGGUAAUCGGGUGCAGUUCCGAGCUCCUGAAAUGGAUCGAUGGCGGACAAUAUGAUACGCAAGGCAGGCAAGGGAGCUUCACGGAUGGAUCCUUCUGGGAUUUUAUGAAACCGUUUCGUUCGGAUCCUCACAUUCGAUGGGUGCCGUGCUUGGAUCCGUACGGUCCCAUGAUCGAACGCCAUGCUAUGGAGCGGGAGCGGGGGGUUUGGUAUCCAAGCCGACAUACCGACUUUAUGAUGGAAAAGGCAAACUUGAUGGAGCUCGCGAUGGCAACGUCGAACCUUUCCCUCCGUCGAAGCGAUUCCUCGGCGUUCAAUUCCGCGCCUGAUCUCAUCCUAGAUGGGGGGGAGGAGGAUUCCCCCACGGUGGCUUUCAUCGACUGUGAUGUAAGCUUUCUCGCCCCGUUACCGGAGAUCCCGCGGGAUGCCAUCGUCGCGCUCUCACCGCAUCGCAUCCAUCACUUGGAGGAGCGACUGUUUGGGGUGUACAAUGGCGGUUUUGUGGUCGCCACGCAUCCGCUCGUGUUAUAUCAGUGGCGAAAAGCAACUCAAACCUCGUUUUACUUUGAUCAGGCCUCCCUGCAGACCGUUGCGGCUGCGAAUCGAACGCGGUUGUAUGAACUCCCACCGGAGCAUAACUAUGGAUACUGGCGUCUAUUUCAGAACCCGAGCGGGGAUCCCACGCGGGAGGUUGCUAAAUUCUCGAUUUCGCCCGACCAUUCGACGAUGGCGCCGCGGUAUCGGUCGGUUCGAUAUGACGGGAAAUGCCUUGGUUCGGUGCACACGCAUUUUUUCCCUCAAUCGCCCGUUUCAAAGGAGGUGCUUCUGUUUAACCGGUUGCUCAAAGGCUGGAUAACGGAGUGUGUUCGAUCCGAGCACGGGAUGAAAUCGAAUACCAAAUACCAGUCAGCGCUUUACCCCCUUUGGCAAUGA